AGAUGUUCAGUAAGGGAGUAGCACUAAGACAUGUGCUCAGAAGGGCGCCCCUCACACAGACUAGGUGUAUGGCUGAUAGUGGCUGGCGUAGUGAUGUAGAAGAAGUAAGAAAGAUAGCACUGAGUGAAAAUCCACCCUUCUCUACAAUUGUUGAUUACUACUUCAACAAAGCAGCUCCUUAUGCAGAGGAGGCGAUCAAGGCUCAGACUCGCAGUACUAAGAUGCCAACUGAGAUCAAGAACCGCCUCGUCUCGGGUGUACUCUCAGAUUUGAAGCCAUGUAACUCAGUUCUGUCCCUCUCCUUCCCUCUGAGGCGAGAUAACGGAGAAAUUGUAACCAUCCACGGAUACAGAGCCCAGCAUUCCCAACACAGGACUCCUUGCAAAGGAGGAAUGAGGUUCAGUGAUGAGGUACACGAGGACGAGGUUAAAGCUUUGGCUAAACUCAUGACCUACAAGUGUGCUGUGUGUGAUGUACCUUUCGGUGGUGCUAAGGCUGGAAUCAAGAUCGACCCAAAAAUGUUCUCUGAUAUGGAGUUGGAGAAGAUCACUAGGAGGUUCACAGUAGAGCUGGCAAAGAAAGGAUUCCUGGGACCUGGUAUUGAUGUGCCAGCUCCUGACAUGGGUACUGGUGAGAGAGAGAUGAGUUGGAUGGCAGACACGUACAAGAACACAAUUGGAGUUACUGACCUCAACUCUCACGCUUGUGUCACUGGUAAGCCAAUAGUAAUGGGAGGUAUCCACGGCAGAACCUCAGCUACAGGACGUGGUGUUUACCACUCUACCAACAUAUUUGUGGAGGACCCUGAGUUUAUGGAAAUGGUUGGACUUGUUCCCGGACUUUCAGGAAAAACUUGCAUCUUACAGGGUUUCGGUAACGUAGGUCUGCACACAGCACGUUAUUUCCACCGAGCAGGAGCUAAGAUUAUCGGAGUUAUCGAGUGGGACGGCAGUAUUUACAACCCAUCUGGUAUCGACCCUAAAGCUCUCGAGGACUGGAAGUUAGAACACGGCACAAUUACAGGAUUCCCCGGAGCUACUGCUACUGAUGAGGAUUUGCUGGAGGGAGAGUGUGAUAUCCUGCUACCUUGCGCUAAAGAAAAGGUGAUAACAAUAGAUAACGCACACAAGAUAAAAGCACGUGUAAUAGCUGAAGGAGCUAAUGGUCCUAUCACCCCUGCUGCGGAUGAGAUUCUUAUCGCUAACAAGCAACUUGUUAUUCCUGAUAUCUACUGCAACUCCGGUGGUGUAACCGUAUCUUACUUCGAGUGGUUGAAGAAUUUAAACCACGUCAGUUACGGUCGUCUUACCUUCAAAUACGAGUUCGACUCAAACAAACAUCUUCUCCAGUCUGUGCAGAGUUCUCUUGAGAGCAGGUUCUCAGGAAAGAUCCCAGUAACUCCAACCCCUGAGUUUGAAGCAGCUAUGGGUGGUGCAUCUGAGAAGGAUAUCGUACACAGCGGUCUAUCUUACACUAUGGAGCGAUCUGGUAAAAAGAUAAAGGAAGUAGCGCUCCAGCACGACCUCGGAGUGGAUUUGAGAACUGCUGCGUUCGUCUUGGCUCUGACCAAGAUAUCCAAUAACAUCAUCAUGGCUGGUUUCACGUUCACGUAAAUCCAGGAGUUUCACUUUCACCUAGAAUUGGAGACUCGGAAUUUAUUGGAGCUGGAUUGAACUUGUAGCUGAAGUUUUGGAAUGAGGCAACAAAUAAUAUUGAUAUUUUGCAAUGAUUGAUUGAAUGAAAUCUGUUCCUAGAUUAUGAUAUAUUUUGAGAGGAUCGAUUUUGAUGUAAGCUACCCGUUUCUGAACCAUAAUUUAUUGCGGUAUUUGUUUAAGAGGUAACGAAUGAUGAAAAUUAUGUAAAUUAUGAAUAUGAUAUAAAUAUUGAAUAUGAUAGUUAGAAUUAUAAUUCGAGUUAGGCAGUCUUUUCUAGGGAAAGUAAUUAUUAUCUAUCAAAAUGUGGACGACCAUUUGCAUUUCCUAGCUUAGGUACCUCUUAGUUUUUUCUCUUAAGUAUAAUUCUGUAUUUAACAGCGUUUUCCGCUGUAUUUAUUUUUGCUCGGUGAUAUAUAUAGCAAGUUACUUAAUUAUUUUAAGUUAACCACCAAGCUAUUAUUUAUCGCAUGUUGACCUUAGGUUACUUAGUUAAUUCAUAAUUAGUAGCAUAAUUAUUUCAGUUACAGUCAUGUAUUACCUACAAUUCAUCUCACUGAUCAUACAAAAAAAAUGUUAUUACAAAAAAUAAUGUUAUUUACCCCUAUACGUAUUCGGCAUAUUUCGGAUAUUUGAAGUUUGAUCCUGUUUUAGCAGUGAAAAUUGUAAAUAAUACUUAAUUAAAUAUAUGUGUAUAAAGAGUAAAUUACUCUAAAAUUCCUGAUUGCGGGGGAAAUUAAAAUUAUUCUGAUUAAAUGUCAUUCAAUAAACAUAACACUUGUCCUGCCUUAUGAUGAUGAAAUAAAAUGAAAAUGAAAUCCAUGGGGCGGGUAUCAAACAUCAAAUAUUUGAAAUAUGUGAUUAUUAAUGAGGAUUGAGUUUAUGUACAAAGUUUUGUUCUGUUCAUCGUUAAUUUUGCCUAAUUACAUUUUGGUUUGAUAAGAUACCCAUUUGAUAACUCGUCCGACUAUGAAUGAUUACCUGUCUUCCAUGAUUAUAAAUCCUGUUGCUGUGUAAUAAUAAAUAUUUCACAUUGCUAAAAUUUUAUUUUAUUUCAGUUGAUGUUAAUUGCUAAUGUAAUCAGUCAAUAUAUCUAAAAUCUUAACUAAAACUUUAAUUUAGCCUCUUUCAAAAUGGUCACCCUUGAAAAGAAGAAGAAGACCAAAAGAUCAGUGGAAGCAGUCAUUGCAGAGGCCAAAAGUGCGGUCGUAGAACCAGCAAAACCCGCCAAG